AUGUUUCUUAAACCAAUAAAAGUCAAGUCGAAUAAUCAACUCAAGGGAACUGAAAGAAAAAAAUUAUGUGAAGAUGUAUUGAGUGCAUUUCCAUCUUUAACUGACAGCCAAGUACAAAAUUUAUUACCAAAAAAGGAGGCAAUAAGUUUUAUGAAAGCAGUAACACACAGUGGAGAAAUAUGUAAAUUAUAUUGUGUUGCUAAAAUUCCAAUGUUCUUUCAACUUGAUCAAUCUCAAUCAACAGUGCCAUUAUUUCCAACAAUAUUUUCACUCUGGCAAUAUCCUAAUUUAUUGUAUACAUUUAAAACUCAUAAUGGUGUUAUUCCUAAGCUGGCAAGUGGAGCUGGCUUGAUGUUACCUGGUGUUAUUUUAGAUGGACCACCUACAUUCCACUCUUAUGGUAAAUUAUUAAGAAAUACUCCGGUUGCAGUAAUCACGGAAGACAAUAUGGCAGCAGUUGCCGUUGGCGUGACAUCACAUUCCUCAGAAGACAUGUACAUGUCUGGUGGUCGUGGCAAGUGUGUUGAUAUAAUACACGUGAUAGGUGACAUGUUAUGUCAAUUGGGAAAACCACCAGCUAGGCCACAAAUAGAUCCAUCUUUUGAUAAUGAAAAAGUUGACGAGCCAGCCGAUCAAGAACCUAAUGGUGAACUCACUCAAGUUACUGAUGAUAAACCAGAAUCCGUUGAUAAUGCUGAGCAAUUAAUUAACUCGAUAAAUUUAGAGGACAAUAAAAAUAAUAGUAAUGAGAUUGAACAGGAAAAUAAAGAACCAAUUGAAUUGAUUGAAGAUGUAGACCCCAUUAAAGAGAUGGAUCAAUUAUUGGAGUACUGCUUUUUAAAAGCAUGCAAAAGAUUCAAAAAAACCGAAUUACCGAUACUCAGUUCAAGUUUUUUUAAAAAUCAUUUGAUAGCUGCAUGUCCUCCAGAUCAAGUUGUUGAUAUUAAAAAGUCCAGUUAUAAAAAAUUGUCGGUAUUUCUAGCAGCUAUGAAAACUAAAGGAGUUAUUGAUACGACAAUUCUCAAAGGAGUUGAAAGUAUUACAUAUGUUAAGACUGAACAUCCAUUAUUAAAAGAACUGGUCAUUAAUGAAUCAUCAGAUUGUGAACUAAAUAAAUCUUCAAAUGCUCCAGUUGUCGCAGAGUGUUUUAAAGUAACUGCUAAUGUUCUUCCAGUAGUUUCUAAAUUUGGAUACGAGAAAGGUGAUAUUAUGAAACGUCUGGAGAUUCGUAAAUGCUUCACUGAAUAUGUUAAAAAAGAAAAUCUCCAGGAUGGAAAGAUAUUAAAUAUAAAUCCUCAACUUGCGGAUAUUUUGCGUACAAAAGAAAAUGUGUUGACAUUAACGAUGGAAGAUGGAAUAAAUAAAUUUAUCGGACGAAUGACACACACGCACGAAAUAACUGUUGCCGGUACAAAGUUACUGCACACGGGAAAGUUAGAGCCUAUAGAUAUUACCGUAGCUUCACGAUGUAACAAUAAAAAAGUAACUCUCGUCAAUAACUUAGAAACGUUUGGGAUAAAACUUGAUGAGUUCAGCAAAGAAUGUCAAGGAAUUGGCGCCAGCGCAACGAUAACCGACAUACCUGGUAAAAAAACUCCCAGUGUACUUGUACAAGGAAAUCAAGUUCUUUAUGUAUAUAAAUUAUUAACUGGAAAUAGUUGUAGUAGUGGUAGUAGUGGUGAAAUAGCUGGCACAGCUACUGUCGGUGUUGAUUCUAGUGAUGCCGCUGCUCCUGAUGGUUCUUGUCAUCCUCUCGCUCGUUGCGGUUGA